UAGAAGCAACUUAAUAACGACGUGGCUGGUUUCAAGUUGAUUUAGGUUAUCAUCAGUUCUAUAAGUUCAAGCAAGUUGUAGUUUGAGUUUACAAUAACAAUAAUUGAAAGUGAGGUUAUUUUUUAUUAUCUUGCAUAAAGAAAUCGAGGAAGCUGUAUAUUUCGUCUAACAUUGAUAAAUAACUACUUUUUAGUCUGUUUAAAUAAUUUUCAUUUUGUAACAAUUACAAUGGGACUUUGUAAAUGUCCUUGGAGAAAAGUAACUAACCAAUUUUGUUUUGAGCACAGAGUAAACGUCUGUGAAAACUGUAUGGUUACGAAUCACCCAAAGUGCAUAGUACAAUCGUAUUUACAAUGGCUACAAGACAGUGAUUGGACUCCAGUUUGCACAAUAUGUUCAGAAAAUUUAAAUGAAGGAGACUGUGUGAGGUUGAUCUGCUAUCAUGUCUAUCAUUGGAGAUGUUUGGAUAAAUUUGCAAGAAACUUACCAACUACAACAGCACCUGCAGGAUACACGUGCCCUACCUGUCAAUCACGAAUAUUUCCACAGUCAAAUUUAGUAUCUCCAGUUGCUGAUGUACUUAGAGAAAAAUUGGCUGGCGUCAACUGGGCAAGAGCAGGUCUUGGAUUACCUUUAUUGAGUGAAGACAGAGAACAGAAGCCAGUACAAGAACGUAAAAUAUCAGUUGGAAACUCAGCUUUUAAAAAUCAUUCAUCCGUUGCGCCUCCUGUAUCUCCUUCUACAUCGUCGACAAUAGCGACUUCUCGAACGAAUAGCCUACUAAAUUCAACAAAUUCUCUUACUAAUAACGUACAUGUAAAUAAUCAGAAGGUAGGUCCACCUUACUCUGUGGUUAAUAUAGAUGCGACUCUAACUAAUCAAAUUCCAAGAAAAAUCUUCGAAGCAUACGAUGAUCCAAAGGACGUAUCUUUCGAUCAUGAUGAAAAUAAAUAUCAAAGAAAAUCUGCAAUUGAAUGGUUCUUGCGAUGGUGGAAAUUGAUAUCAAGGUCUCCUGCACGUCGAAGAAACAGUCCUGGAAGUUUAUACAGAAGGUACGUGUUAUUAGCUGUUGGUGGAUUCAUCGCCUUCAUUUUUGUCGUUAUCCUUUUUUCCUGGCUCGGAAAAAUGGCGACUGAUGGUGAUCCUUCUUUCAAUGUCUUCGAAAACCGUCAAAUCAAUGUCGAGAAUAAUGAUAUUGAGAAAUAAAUUAUUGUUGUACUGGUUGGAUGUGAGCAAUAUGUAAAUGUUAAAUUGCUGUUUUUGUAACACGUUUCAUAAACUUGUUAGUCAAGAAUUAUUUUUUAUUCUACAAAGUUUAUCGACUAUAUUAAAGAUGCAUGAAAAAGGAGUACAUUAAAAGAGGUAAUCACCUAAAAUAUUUUAAUUUGCGAAUCUAUUCAUAAAAGAUUAAUCAUCCGGAAUGAUUAUAUCAGUAGAAGAUGUGUUGGUCUACAUUAUAUGUUUAUUGUUGAGGGAGAUUCAACAAUAAAAAUGCAAUAAUUAAUCUAUUAAUGAAUCUUUAUUAAAACUAAAAAAAACUUGU